UCUCCACCCUUAUAUUAAUUUCAUGCAGCAUCUUAAUUACCUCGUACUUAGGUUCUCUUCAUUCUAAAGUACCCUUAUUUCCCACCACACAGAGCCAUGGUCCAAGCAAAGAAGAAGUUCAGAGGAGUGAGGCAACGCCAAUGGGGCUCAUGGGUCUCAGAAAUUCGUCACCCUUUGCUAGAUGGUUUUGGAUGAACAGGAAGAGAAGGGUGUGGCUAGGGACAUUUGAGACAGCAGAGGCUGCAGCAAGGGCAUAUGACCAAGCAGCCAUUUUGAUGAAUGGUCGAAAUGCCAAGACCAAUUUCCCCACACGAGCAUUGAAUGAGGCUGAAGGUUGCACCAAUUCCACCGUCUGUGAGGACCCUUUUUCGUCUCCGAAUGUUCUUUCUGAGGAUCUGAGUAGAAAACUGAAGAGGUGUUGCAGAGACCCUUCUCCAUCCCUCACAUGUCUGAGACUGGAUGCUGACAAUUCCCACAUUGGAGUGUGGCAAAAGGGUGCAGGAGCACACUCAGACUCCAAUUGGAUUGUGAGGGUGGAGCUUGGGAAGAAACGUGCAGAGACUGAGUCAGGUGUGUCAGAAGGAUCUACACAAAAUGAUGGUGAAGAAGACGAAGAAGAUAGAAUUGUGAUGCAGAUGAUUGAUGAGCUGCUUAAUUGGAACUAUCCAUGUGCUGGUUCAAGUAUAAUUAAUUCACCUUAGGGUUUGAAAAAAUGAAAAUAUAAAUAUACAUAGCAGCAUGUCCAUUUUCUUCUAUCUUUAUCAUAUGCUUUUUCUUUGGAUUGUGUAAGAUGGUUAUUGACAAUCUCAUCAUAGUGCUAAUAUGAUGUUAAUGUAUUGGGAUACAAUACAAUAUACAUGUGGAUAAAUCAUUCAGAGAAUUUAAUCGAUCUCUGUCUAUUUGAUGGAUACCUUUUAAUAUGUAAACAAUUUGAAAA